CCCAAAAAGUUUCACCAGCAUGCGCUAUGCAGCAUAUAUGCAUGUGUACACACAUCGUCCUGCUGGGUUGCGUGAUCUAAUUAAUUGCGUGUACUAUAGCCGGCCAUCAAUAUCUUUGGCCAGACCGUAUCGAUAGGUGUCGGAAAUUGUCUGUAGCUACUUUUGUCAUUAAAACCAUACUCCCACGUUUGGAACAUUGGUACGUUCUGUGACAUAAGGUGCAAGAUCAUAAGAUGUGACUUUGAUUGUCUUUAUUUUGCGUGAACUUCAUCAUUUCCUCUAUUGAACAGUAUUCACAAAGUCCACCGCGCCACCGCACACUGUACGGUUCGCGCUCAGUAGCUUGCUCAGGCUCAGUAGUUGUGCGGUACGGUAAGCCUACAGUACUUGGGUUCACGCGUUUAACGUUUGUCAAAGUUUGUGUAACUCCCCCAAAGUUUUGUUGGCGACAUCGGGUUACGUACGCAUACGGCUGGAGCGAAAAUGGCUUGGUUUUGCUGGUCACUCCUUGUCUGCAUAGUGAUGAUAGCAUCUACAGUCAACGGUCAAAGAAUGUUCCCAGGUCAAUGUGGAAUGUCCCACCCCUGUGCUCAAAUAUGCAAGAAUGUACCAGGCAUGGGACGGGUCAAAUGUGAAUGUGAAUCUGGUCACAUACUGGCUGCUAAUGGCUUUCUGUGUAUCAGUGAGGAAGAUGAAACCAUCGACAUUGAUGCAGAGACAAGCCCCACAGAGGCAGUAGUAACUGUGUCGGAAGAGACAGUUGACAAAGCUAAGGAUCAGCAGGGCAGUGGAGGACAGGAGAUGGAGGGAAGUGGGAGUGGAACAGAUGAAGACGGAGAACAAGAAACAGGAAGUGGUGAAGAGAUACAUGUGCCUAGUCCCAUGGUCCUCUGUCAAGACUUUGAAUGUCAGAAUGGAGGAACAUGUUACGUGGAUGUGGUGAUGGACAAAGCAAUGUGCAGAUGCACAGAAGGAUUCAAAGGAGAUAGGUGUGCAGAAAGUGUGGUGAUACCACCUACUACAUGUGAAGGAUUUGAAUGUCAAAAUGCCGGCACAUGUUAUAUCAACGGUGAAACAAGUAGAGCAUCAUGCCACUGUCCACAUGGAUAUGAAGGAGAGAUGUGUAAGCAAACUGUUGCCAUCAAGUUCCCAAGUUUUCAGAGCCAUUCCUACAUGGAAUUCUCCUCUCCACUUGGCCUUUAUCGGACAUUCCAGGUCCGAGUGGAUUUCAAGCCAGAGACGCUGGAUGGAUUGCUUCUAUUCUGUGGAGAGCAGGACAGUACUGAUAAGGACUACUUCUCCCUCGGUCUUGUUGAUGGCAAGAUGCAAUUCAAGUAUGAUCUUGGGGGAACAGCUCCAGGGAUCAUCACCAGCGCUGUGACAGUGUCAUUGGGAAAAUGGCACACAGUAACAAUCAACAGGGACAACUGGGAUGGCUGGAUACAGGUGGACCAGGAGAAACCUGUCAAGGGAAAAUCCAAGGGACUAUACUCCAAGCUAACCCUUCGCAGUCCCCUUUACCUUGGCGGCCACAGUAACUACACAGCAAUCAGCCAAACUAGCAUCAGUACUGGCUUCUCAGGCUGCGUAGAGAGACUAGUCAUCAACAAUGUAGACAGUGACAUGAGACUGGAGCCAAGAGGCUUUGCGGUGGGUGGUGUGGAUGUGGGUGAAUGUAGCAGUGGACUAUGUGAUGAAGGCAUGUGUAGCAAUGGUGGUUCCUGUGUGGCCCAGUCAGCUAGUCGCUACCUGUGCCUUUGCCCAUUAGGCACGGCUGGACCUACUUGUGAAAAGGAUGUCCUUCUCCAUAUCCCAUCCUUCAAUGGCUCUUCCCAUCUAGUCCAUCAGAGUCUGGGCAAGAACCACCUAUCCUUCCUUGAGAUCGAAGUGAUCUUCCGGCCCCAUCAACCCACAGGAAUGCUCCUUUACAGCGGCCAAAAGUUUGAAAGAGCAGGAGAUUUUGUCUCACUGGGCAUGUCUGAAGGACACGUUGAGUUCCGAUUUGAUUGUGGUUCAGGACCCGCUGUGUUAAGAACAACAGAGCCAGUGUCCCUAAAUGAGUGGCACAUUGCCAUUGCAUCACGCACUGCCCGCGAUGGUACUCUGCAAGUGGACAAACGACGUGUCCUGAGUGGAAUGGCAGAGGGCGCUUUUACCCAAUUGACCUUUGCUGGUGACCUAUACAUUGGUGGUGUGGAUGAUGCCUCACAUGUAUCCAAAAAGGCGGAAAUGUCAACCUCAUUUGUUGGCGAUAUUCAAAAGGUAAUCAUUAAUGAUAAACCACUAGACCUGAUUGAUGAUGCUAUCCGUGGAGCUAAUGUCAUGAACGCAGACCAUCCAUGUGUAGAUCAACCUUGUCAAAACAGGGGAGAGUGUGCCGCUCAACAUGCCACGUAUUCCUGCCAGUGUCCGCUCUGGUAUCAGGGCAUCAAUUGUGAAGAGGACAUAGAGGGAAUUGUGGAAGUGCCUUCAUUCCAAGGAAGUAGCUACCUCAGAUUCACCAGUGACUGGGUCUUAAAAAGAGUUGGGGGACAGGAUGAUAAUAUUCAACUGGAGUUCCGGACAUGGAGCUCAGACGGUCUGAUAUUGUGGAUGGGACGUGACGUCAUGAAGUCUACUAGUGAUUUCAUGGCGUUGGGACUGGAUAAUGGAAUGUUGAAGUGGAGCUAUAACUUGGGUGGGGGUCCUGUAUCCACCCUUACAAAUCAGACAUUUAAUGAUGGUGAGUGGCACACAGUAUCCAUGCAACGUCAAGGUGCAUCAGGAACAUUGAUGAUUGACCAACGAGAGGGGCUAAUGGCCACAGCGCCUGGACCAAUGAAAAGUCUGGAUAUCAAUAAUGGACUCUAUCUGGGUGGCAUGAAGGAUGUCGCUGAGCUUUCUUUCAAGCGUUACACCAUUGGCUUUCUUGGAUGCAUACGCAAUGUAAUGCUAGAGGGUGACAAACUAGACCUAUAUCAAGAUCCAUCAGAAGGUAGAAAUGUCAAUCAUUGUGCUUAGAUGGGAAAGCCCUUCAGGCUCUGCUCUUCAAGUUUGUCCUCGUUGAUGCUUUUUUGGGGGGGGGCUGUCUUGUCUUGUUUUUAAAUUUUUACAUUUUUUAUGUGUGUUAACUUUUUGAUGUCAUUGCAACAAACUAAGGCACAUUUUAAGAAUUAUUGCCUCUAAAAAUAAUAUAGUGGUGCAAAUGUUAUUCAAAUCUGAUCAAGGAUUGUAUGUAAUUAUAUGAACAUUGUACGUGCAAGUAAGUAGUCAACAAUACCAGCUUUGCUGUACUGUAUCACAUAGCUUUUCCCCUUUUUACCCAUAGAUAUUGUAAUCAUGUAGGCAUUUUUCUGCUAGCCUGUUAUACACUAUGCAUCAUUGUGUGCACAAAAAAUAGUUUUCCCUCUUUUUGUGUACUGUAAAAAAAAAAGUGGCUAGUACUAUUUUUAUACAUAGAGUAAAUCUUAAGUUUGCAGUUUUUAUGUGAACUCCCUUUCACUUUUUUGUACAUUACUGUAGUUUCUAAGUGUUUGGUUCAUGAACUCUAAGUUUCUAAAGAUAAAUUUAAAGUUUGACAUUUUUGGUUGUAGGGGAUCUAACAACAUAACAUGUCAUUAAUUAUCAUAGUUUAAUCUCAACAAUGACGUACCAAUUGAUGAAGAUGAUUCUGCAUCAAAAUCAAAAAUCAGAAAUAAGUCAAGAAAUCACUUUCAAUUGGUAUACAUGUAUUUGACUGGAAGGAAUGUGAACAUAAUAUAUUGGCUGUUUGAAAUGAUCAGGUCAUUUGAUUACAAUUAUGUUGAGAUUUGAACAGAAUGAUGUUUCACUGAAUUCUCAGAACUUGGUUCAGAAGUUAAUGGGCAGUCUUAAUAAUGUAAGUAAAAAGUGUCUUCACUAAAGUGAAAUAUGCCAAGGAUGAUGACUGCGAAAAAGGUGCAUGGAUGACAUUGCAGUUGGUGAUGGUCAUAGAUUGAGUUGAGGGGGGGGGGGCGAAGUCAAGGCUUGAAUAGGCUGGUCAGUGGGCGAUGGGGGGAUUAAGUGAUUAAUUAGUAAUAUGACACUUAUAGAGAAUGCCUUGAAUAGCAAUAUACAGUCAUCAAGUGUGUAUAGUCUAAGAAGCUUUUUUUUUUCAGACCAACUUAAAUAUACUCUUAGUUUUCCAUGCAUUUAUUUUGGAUAAGAGACAUUAUAGACUGUGCCUGAUUAACUCUUUGUUUCCUUACCCAUGUUUUGUAUGUUGAAUGAUGCAUAUGUGUAUUUUUUAAUUUACUGCAGGAGUGAUUAUUGUUUUGUGUUUAAUUUUUGGCAUUUUUAUUAAGGUAAAAGGAGUCCUAUCCAAGCUUUAUUUGCCCAACGAUUUGAGCAUAAUUGUGUGUGAAGGCAGAAACUACCCACCGUUCCUUCACAUAGUUGAAAUGAGUUCUUUCUCGUAGUUUAGAUUACUCUGUCUUGAUUUUGGCAUUUCUGUUCUAAAAAAGAAUUUAAAAAAGAUUUUCAAAGACAUACAGGAGCUAUGAAGUCUUUUUUAGGAAUGUCUUUCUCUUUUUGAAUCUAACAUACAUGUAUUCUGACAAUUUUGAAGUUUGUUUUCCUUUCUUGUUUUCUUGUUUUUUUAAGUUUUUUAAUGAUUUUUUUUGGAUAUCUUAGUGCAUGUGUAUUUUGUUAUAAAUGUAAUCUUUUCCUAACAGGGUUAACAGAGAUAACUAAAGUUAUAAUGCAACUCCAAAAUGUCCAACAAGCAACCUUAUUCCUCAGCAGGAUUGAUGUAAACUUUCAGGUCAUCUAACAUAGUAGUACAAAUCCUGACACUGGUCAACCUGCAGUUGGAUCAAUGUCAGCUGGUCCUGACGUGGGUACUUCUUGAUCAUGUAAAGCCAGUUGUUGAAUAGUCUUCUGUAUCAUCACCAGCAAUUUUGAAUAUUUUGUAACAAUAGCAAGAGCAUUCUCAGCUCUUCACUUUAACAUGAUUUUGUUGGACAUGCAUUUUGGUUAGCAUUUAGGUGACUGUACUGGCACUUCUAUUGUUAUCAAUUGUACAAGAUUUGUUCCAGAGAUGUAACUCCCGAGUAGAUCAGGCAGCCCUCCAUUCAUUAGCCUUUUUGAGAUAUGGUGGACACAAGAGGAGGGCACUACUUGCAGUAGGUAAAAUGUUGCUAAUUGGAAAAGACUUGACCUAACCCGAAUGCCGCCCUUUCUGAUAUCUCAAACAAAGCGAAUACCUCAAAGCCAUAUCUCAAAUAAAGCUAAUUAUGUUGGGUUUCGGCACUUUUUUUCCUUUCUACUAUGGCAGUACUUCCAAUAGGGUUAAAAGUGGACAUUUAACCAGGAUAAUUUAUCAAAGUGUUCAUAAUACUAAGGUCAUUAAGGCCACACAAACUAGUUGUCAUUUAGACGCAACUUAAUUCCACCCCCGAAGCUAUCUCUGGAGCUAGCCAGGCCAAUUCUAGCCCCGAAAAUUGUGGGGCUAGCUCCACUUUCAGCAGGGCUUCUUUUUACAA